AUGAGUUCGAUAUCACAUUAUAAACGAACCGAAGUCAUUGGACGAGGGAAGUUUGGGGUUGUUUAUAAAGGCUUCCAUAAGCAAACGAAGCAAGUAGUGGCCAUCAAGGUUCUUAAUCUAGAUACACAAGAAGAUGAAGUGGCCGAUGUUCAACAGGAGAUUCAAUUUUUAACUGAUUUGAAGACGGUUCCCAAUGUGACACAUUACUAUGGAUCUAUUCUUAAUGAUACGAAGCUCUGGAUCAUAAUGGAUUACUGUGCUGGUGGGUCAGUCCGUACUUUGUUGAAGGCAGGUAUCUUCGAAGAACGCUAUAUUGCGGUUAUAGUAAGAGAAUGUCUCACUGCUUUGCAAGCAGUUCACAAAUUGGGAGUUAUUCAUCGUGAUUUGAAAUCGGCCAAUAUUUUAAUUACAAAUGAAGGUAAUGUACAACUCUGUGAUUUUGGGGUUGCUGCUAAAGUUACUAGUAGUUCAGUCAAAAGAACAACCAUGGCUGGGACUCCUUAUUGGAUGGCACCUGAAGUUAUUCGUGAAGGUGAUCAGUAUGAUUCAAAAGCUGAUAUAUGGUCCCUUGGUAUAACCAUUUAUGAAAUUGCCACCGGUAACCCUCCGUAUUGUGAUAAAGAUGCAAUGUGGGCAAUGCAAAUGAUUUCAAAACUGACUCCUCCUCGUUUAGAAGGUCGUGAAUAUUCUGCUGCAUUGAAAGAAUGUAUAGCAUUAUGCUUGGAUGAAAGUCCCGUUGAGAGACCUUCAGCAGAUGAUUUACAAAAAUGUAAAUUAAUGAAAUUUUACCGUAAUUAUCCGACUUCAAUUUUAAAAGAAAUAAUCUCAAAAUAUUUACUUUGGAGAGAUAAGAAUUCUUCGAGAGAAUCAGUUUUCCUAAAUUUAAAUGAUGAUUUACAGCAAACUCAAGAUAGUCCUGGUAAUGAUAAUACUAAUCUUCAAGUUAAAUGGGAUUUCGACUCCUUAAGUAGUCGUGAAUAUAUCAUCGAUAAUGAUAUAAGUAUGAAUAAAGUUACUGAUUCUUAUGAUGGUGAAGAUGGUUUUAAAUCACCCCAAGAUCCAAAUACCGAUACCCUUAGACAGGAAGGGUACUCAAAUAGAUAUAAUAGCUCGAAGAACAGUACAAUAAACUUGAAUCGAUAUAACGAUCAAUCAAAUAAUGCUACUUAUCCAAAUCAGAAUACCCAAAAUACAAAUACUUAUCACCAGACAAUAAAAGCUUCUUCAGAGAUUCCUAAAUCACUACAAUCUUUAUUCGAAGAAAAUUCUCCAGAAAUUAAUCCCCUUCCUAGUACAAUAAGCAGUAAGGAUUUCGAAUUACCUACUAGCUUUGCAAAUUUGAAUGAUAACCGCGUUGAAUCCCCUACCAUUGAAAUCCCUGAUAUGGACAAUUUAGCUAACUUUGCUAGUAAAAACUUAAAUCAAGCAAAUGGCACCACUUCUAACCCUUCUAACCAUCAAUUGAGUCGACCUCCAGCUUUACACCACUCCCAAUCAGCUUCAGCAGCCUUGGAGUCUAGAUCUUCCGCCAAUUCCACUAUGAAUCGUCCUAGGAAAUUAACCAUUUCGAAUACUGCUAGUAGCUCCAUUUCAAAUUUGAGUAAUCAAGAAUCGUUACAUUCCCAAGACUCUCCUCUUGUUCCUGACCCUCAACAGCAACAACAAGCUAUGCCCCACACGCCACCUUAUACUAGUAAUCACAUUCAUUCAAAAACUCCUUCUCCUGCUCCUCCUCCUUCAUCAGCUUUACUUCAUGAAGCAAGUGGAGCUAAUACAGGGUCUCCUUCGAAAUCUAUGCGGGCUUUACAUUCAAACAAUAACCCCUUAUUACAGCCCAUUAACAUGAAGCUUCCAGAAUCAUCAAAUCUAACAGCAUAUAGCUCCAAAUCAACUAACGAUGCCCCAAGUUCAGGAUCCACAACAAAUCCCCCAUCUACUUCCUCAACAGCAGCACCAACCAACCACCCCAAGCCUAGAAAGGGCAAACCAAGUUUACACAUUCAAAUGCCUACUCCUUCCACGACAUUCAAUAGUUUGUCUGCCCUUACAAAUAAUGAAUACGAACAGGACGUCAACAAUGAAAAUACAGACAGUGCAGUAAACCAGUUUGGUGUAAGUAUUUCUCAAUUAACAAACUUCCCUAUGACUAUGACUCCUGUUGCCGAAAGAGAAAAUCCAGCUGAAGAACAUGCUCAUCAAAACAGGGAACGUACCGAGUCUACAUCUUCAAUUGGACAAAGACACUUCACCACUAAUAUACAAACACAACAAGUCCAAGGGCAGAAGAAGUCAGCUUCAAAUUCCGCUCCAAACACGGCUCCUAUAACCACCAAUACAACGGGAUCUAAUCUUUUCCUUCCAAGAACCACUUCUCUAGGUGGAACUUCUCCAUCCUCAGCUACUGUUGUCUCCAAAACGAAAUUCCCACUAAUCCCAGCUAUAAACCCAGAAUUUUUCAUGGACACUGUACCUAAAGACAAGUUGAUCAGUGAAUUGGAUUCUAUGAUUAAAUCAUUCAACCAAGGCUUGGACGCGUUGGAAGAUGGUUUAUGAUUUUUCUCUAUUGCAUUUACUCAUUUAUUCUUAAGUAGUCACUCUGACCCUAGCUAGAUUUAUCUUUCAAAAGCGAAACACC